AUGGCGUCCCAGGUACCAGCUUUACUACGAUUCCUAUCCCAAGAUGCCAAGAUACCUCUCGCAGCUGCUAUGGGUAAGAUUAUGGAGCUUCAGAAAGCCGGCCUCACAUCUCCUGAGCAAAUCUCCAAGUCAGAAAUCAAGACUAUCCAAGAGAUCUUCAAAAACGAUAAGUUGGCGAAGCGGGUGUGGAACGCAGCGAAGAGAGUUUCCAGGAAGCGCGAAGCUUCAACUGGGAGCACAGAAUCUCCUCGAAAAAAGUCAAGAGGCUCUGAUCAGAGAGAUGAUACCACCCCUUUUGACAUAGAAUGUGCACUCUCUCUUCCGACCACCUCUGUGACCGAAGACGAAUUGUCAAAGGUUGUCCUACUGACGAAUAGAGCACCUCUCGUGCUGGCUUUUGCCGUCUGUGUGCUGAAGCAUACUAUGCCAGAGCAGCCAAUCUCUAGCAGACUUAGCCUCGCUCAGGCAGUUGUUAGCGCUAAUAGUCGCUCAAAAGCUGCCAGUCUGGGUAUUGACAGUGAGAACUCCGCUGACCAGGAAGGCUGGGGAGAAGGACAACCUGUUGUCAAAGUCCUUGGAAGAGAAGUCAAGGUUCUUAAAAGGUGGGACUAUAAUCCCAGGGAGGGUAAGUCUGUGGGUGUAGCUGGUUCAGAACAAGAUGAAGAUAUCUACCACGUGGCCAAUGAUAUCCAAGGCCAGGAUGUUUCGAAUUCAGAUAACUCAAACGGCAUGCCACCGUUAUGGGGGAUCGAUCUCGAGGCACUGCGAAGCGCACAUCGUGGGAACUCGACUGGGGCCUCCAACGCAAAUGAAGCACUUCCAAUUUUCACACCAGGUGCUGCGCGGUCAUAUUUACUUAAGUCAUUUACAGAAAUACCAAAGGAUACUAAUCCAACACCAGAGAAACCGAACCGGAAGCGUCCCUCUCAAACAGACGCCGAGAAAGAGACAUGUUUGAAAAAUCUACUGCGGUCCAUUGACCUGGUAUGUCGGUCUUGGGCUCCGUUUCUCAGCAAAGAGGAGUUGGAUCGACGAGCAUGGACCUGGUACACACACGUCAGGCCUGCUGUCCAAAGUGGAGUAGCAGGCUGGGGAGAGAAAGGUCGGGUGAAGUUAUCUGACAUUCUCGCUUUGAGGAGACAGCCAUGA